GUGAGUGUGUGCAGUUGAUGACCACCUCGCUUAUCGCCAUGGACUGUCUGACACAGGUUAUCCUGUUCAUGAUCAGUGUGAUGGCUGUGCACGGUCAGAAAGGGAAAGACGGCUUCACGGACGAGGAGCGACCUUACGAGUUUGGGUUCAACAUCGAAGGUUACCAGCACCGCCACGAAAAGAAAGAUGAGAACGGCAUCAUUAUGGGAGAAUUCGGAUUUAUCACUGCCGACGGAAUCUACCACGUGACUGUGUACGCUACGGACGAGAAUGGGGACUUCAAGAUUCUGAAGAUGAAAAACAUAAAAGUCGGAUUCCCUCCCGGAAGUGCACAGAUAUCCACUACUCCUAAAGCAGUGUCAUUCACAGCACCACCCAUUCCAAAGCCAACAACACAGCCAGCAGGAGGACCUGGAUUGCUGAUCAACACACCCAAACCCGCACCUGGACCUGCAGCAUUCAGCAGCACACCCAAAGCUACAAGUGGACCUGCAGCAUUCAGCAGUUCUACGACAUUUUCAACUACGCCCAAGAUUCAAGUCAACGAUGGGUGUGGCUCUUGUAAAGUCCCUGUACCGAUCACGAUGAAGCCGUUAUCACCUGUGCCAGGUCAAUCAGGAUCAAAUCCACCGGCAGGUGAAACUUCCGGCACAUUAGGUCCUCCAGUUGGCACGUUAGGAGGGCAGGUUUCUCCACCUGGAAAUGUUCACCCCCCAGCCGGUGGCACCUUCGGCACAUCAAAAGCUCCUAGUUAUUUUACGGGUAUGUCUCCUCCACCUAGCGGUGCCAAGCCUCAGGUAGGUGGUAUCUUCAGCACACCCCGGCCUCCUGCUGGUUCAUUUGUUGGGUCGUCUUCGCCUGCGCGACCUGAAGAACACGUUACGAGUGGUAUCUUCAGCACACACCGGCCACCUGCUGGUUCAUUUGUUGGGUCGUCUUCGCCUGCGCGACCUGAAGAGCACGUUACUAGUGGUAUCUUCAGCACACCCCGGCCUCCUGCUGGUUCAUUUGUUGGGUCGUCUUCGCCUGAGCGACCUGAAGAGCACGUUACUAGUGGUAUCUUCAGCACACCCCGGCCACCUGCUGGUUCAUUUGUUGGACCAUCUUCACCUGCACGACCUGAAGAACACGUUACGAGUGGUAUUUUUAGCACUCCUCGUCCACCUGCUGGUUCAACUGUUGGACCAUUUUCGCCUGCACGGCCUGAAGGACACGUUGUGGGUAGUAUCAAUGGUACUUCUCGUCCUCCUGUUGGUACUAGUGGAGGAAUAAGUCCUCCAAUUGGAGGCUCACAACUUCCCAUAGCAGGCACACAACCUCCAUCUGCAGACAAUGUCGCUGGACAAGUUUCUCCUCCAGGAAGUAAUAUUGGUGGAAAGCCUCCUGAUGUAAGUGUAGUUCCACUGGGAGUCGAGAGACCUGGUCUUCCACACGGCAUCACAGAAACUGACGUAAUGAAGUUACUCUACAGAUUCAACUAUACCGCGGGUUUCCACGGCCACAACGAAGAAGGCUACAGGAACGGAGAUAAAGUUGGAGGGUACUUUGUAAAUGGAAGAAAUGGAAUUAGUGCACAGGUUAAAUAUGUCGCCAAUGAGUUUGGGUACCAACCAAAUAUUACAUUUAUACCUCUCGGACUGGACUCGCCUGAUACACCCAAAGAAGACACCGAGAAGAAUUACGGCCUAAAGGGAUAUGCCUUUGAAUGGUUCAAUAGGAGAUGAGAGAGUAGGAGAGUAGAGCCUAUCCACAGACGAAAUCCUCUUUCAGUUGUGCGUGUACAUUCCGACAAAGAUGGUAUCCUCUGAGGUCAUUAAGCCUAAUGUUAGAAGCCAAUAUAAACGACACAAGCAGACAUUUCACAAAACUGAGAUACAUUCACUCAAACAAAUAAAAUCUCAAAAAUACCACAGCACAUGAAAUUUGAUAGGAAAUUUAUUGGUUAAGACGACCAUCUGCUAAUUGAAGUACAUUACUGAGAGCACAAUAAUUUAUAACCUUCUAAAAAUGUGGUCCUACAAGUACAUCAUUUGCCGCUGUCAAUAAAACUGAAACCAACCUUACACCACGCUUACUAAGAGCCCCUAAGAUCUCUGCUAUCAAGUACAAACGGACAACAUAGCACAAGCUACUUAAAACCAUACACACCCAGCUCGAAUAAUGUUUCAGUUUAAAUUGAUGCUCACUUAACGUUAACUUCAAGCCUAAUGAAGAAAAAACCUUUACAUAAAUUAUUACGUUAAUAUAUGGAACUGUAGUCAUUUACGGAAAGAGCACGGGAAAGACAUAAUUGUCUCAGAGGAAAGGUUUUGAUAGUUAUGAUGGGAUAACACCGAGUUCCACUGUACUUUGGCUUGAA